UAUCGAAUAAAAUUCUCAAAUAACUGGUUCAAAAAAAUGCAGAUUUGUGUAGAGAGUGGGGCGCAGAGAUAAAGAACUCGCCGACUCUGGUCUCAAUGUCUAAGUCCGAAGUUCAUAACACAAUUAAAAACAUAUAUUUCACGUAAAUUCCUCUCAUUAAGUUUUAUAUUCUUAUCGAUUAUCGUUAUCAUACCUAAAUAGUUAUAAUUUUUUUAGUUAUAAAUUUCUUACACGUUGGCCUAAUACCUAGUUAAAUUCAAGACUGAAAUAAUGACUUCUCUAGCUAAAGGAAUUUUUAUCGUCGGUGCCAAACGUACUGCUUUUGGUACUUUUGGUGGUAAACUGGCAAAAAGCCACAUCACAGAUCUUCAAACUAUCGCAGCGAAAGCUGCCCUUGCAGCUGCAAACGUAAACCCCGAAAUUGUCGAUUCAGUUGUCAUAGGAAACGUUAUUUCAUCCGCAGCUUCUGAUGGAGGAUAUCUUGCAAGACAUGUUUUAUUAAAAACUGGUGUUCCAGUUGACAAACCAGCACUCAUUGUCAACAGAUUAUGCGGAUCAGGAUUUCAAGCCAUCGUUAGUGGUUUACAAGACAUAGAGACAGGAUGCGCAGAAAUCUCCCUAACAGGCGGAGUUGAAAACAUGUCCGCUUCUCCAUACGUUGUCAGAAACAUUAGAUUCGGCGGCGUUCCUUUGGGACACAGUCCGGUUUUAGAAGAUACAAUUUGGUUAAGCGUCCAAGAUACAUACUGUAAAUUGUCAAUGGCUUUAACGGCUGAAAAACUCGGGGAUCAAUUCAAGCUUACUAAAGACGAGGUCGACCAAUUUUCUUUCCAGUCCCAACAGAGAUGGAAAGCAGCCCAAGAUGCAGGAAAAUUCAAAGACGAAAUUGUUCCAGUACCAAUUAAAGUAAAAAAAGACACAGUAAAUUUCGAAGUUGAUGAACAUCCUAGACCUCAAACCACUCUAGAAGGGUUGAAGAAGCUGCCCACGCUUUUUAAAAAGGAUGGUUUGGUUACUGCUGGUAGUGCAUCGGGUAUAUGCGAUGGAGCAGCUGCUGUGGUUCUUGCUGGUGAAGCUGCUUUGAGCAAACACAAUUUGAAACCCUUAGCUAGGAUAGUCGCGCACUCAGUUGUUGGUGUCGAUCCUUCGAUUAUGGGUUUCGGUCCAUCUCCAGCUAUCAAGAAUAUUCUUAAAAUUACUGGAAAAACGUUAAACGACAUCGAUUUGAUUGAAAUUAAUGAAGCCUUUGGUGCCCAAGCUUUAGCCUGUGCUAAAGAUUUGAAAUUGGAUAUGAGCAAAUUCAAUGUAAAUGGUGGAGCUAUCGCUUUAGGACAUCCUUUGGCUGCAUCAGGAUCUAGAAUUACAGGACAUCUUGUUUAUGAAUUGAAGAGGAGAGGUGGAAAAUAUGCAAUAGGAUCAGCAUGUAUAGGAGGAGGACAAGGUAUCGCUAUCAUGAUUGAAGCUCUUUAAUUGCAGGAAAUAAUUAAGAGAAAAAAAGUUAAAAUAUUGAUCCAAACUAUUGUAUUUUCAUAUCAUAUUUUUUAAAAAAAUUAAAAUGAAUGUCUUUUUCUGAUUAUUUUUAUACAAAUAUAUAAUUUUUUAAUCUACAUAUAUUAUAU